CCGGGAGUCACGGCACCCCGGAUGAGGAGCAAGAGGCGGAGGACGAGGGUGGUUCAUCCCAAACAGGUGUAUAGCUUGGGAACUUCGGGCGGAUACGGGAGCCUCAAAAGGCAUCUUAUGGGCAAGCACAAGGUGGAGUACGCAAAAAUUGAGAAAGACAAGGGGAAGCAAACACAAAUAUCGAGGUUUGCAAAUAACCAACCUUAUGGUAAUUUCUCGUACAGUGAUGAACAAAAUUUGACGGGUAUGGCUAACUUUAUAGUUGAAGAAAAUUUACCUUAUCUGUUUUCUGAAGGUGUUUCUUUUCAAGAGUAUGCACAAACUUGUUUAAAUCCUCAAUUUCGAAGUUUUAGUCGAAAAACGGUUAAGAAAGAAAUUAUAAGGCUUUAUAAGGCGGAAAAGGCAAA